GUGCAGAGGGGCAGGAGGAGACCAGUGGUGCUUUGUCCCCAGAGAAUGCCCUGCGGAGUCUGCUGGAGGCCCUCACCAGUCCUCCAUACGCCCCGACCCAGCACCUUGAGCGGGAACAAGCCUUGGCCAAGCAGUUCGCUGAGAUCCUCCACUUCACCCUCAGCUUUGAUGAGCUCAAGAUGACCAACCCUGCCAUCCAGAACGACUUCAGCUACUACAGACGGACCAUCAGCCGGAAUCGCAUCAACAACCUGCAGCUGGACGCAGAGAGCGAGGUGAACAACGAGAUGGCCAACAGGAUGUCCCUCUUCUACGCCGAGGCCACCCCCAUGCUCAAAACACUCAGCAACGCCACCACCAAGUUUGUUUCGGAGAACAAGACCCUCCCGAUCGAGGACACAACCGACUGCCUGAGCACCAUGGCCUGUGUCUGCAGGGUGAUGCUGGAGACCCCGGAGUACCGGAGCCGUUUCACCAACACCGAGACCCUUCUCUUCUGCAUGCGGGUGAUGGUCGGUGUCAUCAUCCUCUAUGACCACGUCCACCCCGUGGGAGCCUUUGCCAAGACCUCCAAGAUCGAUAUGAAAGGCUGCAUCAAGGUCUUGAAAGACCAGCCCUCAACCAGCACUGAGGGGCUCCUGAACGCUCUGAGGUACACCACUCGACACCUCAACGACGACACCACGUCCAAACAGAUCCGGGCCCUGCUGCAGUGAGCGCGGG